AUGUCAUUGAACAUUUUCAAGGCGAAACCCGAAAAGACAGAUGCCUCGCUCAACUACAAAGCAGUGAUAGACAAUCUGCAUGUGAUGGACACUACCGCAGCAAGCCUCAACAUUGAUCAGUUUAUUCAGUCUGAAAACAUCCUGCUUGGAAAGCAUCAAGAGUUCUACGGCGACAAGAGGGAUGAUUCAGAGUUUUCGCCGAGAAAGUUGGACAAGGAUACGCAACUGGCUGCGGAUGGCACUACACGCGCUCUCGUCAACUCAUUCAUCCAACUCUCAAAUGCCAUGCCCGAAAUCAAAUCUGAAGCUGCUGAAUGCAACCAGCAAGUGGAGGCUUCCAUAUCACAAAAUCAAAAGACUAAGGCUCAAAUUGAGAAGGCAACUGCUGAUUUAAACCUGUAA